AUGGCUGGUCCCUUGUUGUAUGCUCAUUUGAACAGCCGUGUGGUGUUCAAGUUGGCUUCUUCUUCUGACGAAAAGGAUGCCGUUCUUUCACUGGGUCCAACGGAACAAGACAUCAGCAUUGAAAGUCUAGAUUCUUUUCCUUCAAGGGGCGACAUUCGCAAAAUAGCUGCCCUUAUUGGAUGUAUAAGGCUUAAGCACAACUCUUAUGCAAUCAUAGCACAUAGAGUCGAGGAAUUUGGUUCACUGGCCGGCCAUAAAGUAUUCAAAGUUGUGGAGCAUACUGUACUUCCCCUUAACAAGUUUGCCAAGAAAGACAAAGACGAACAGCAUUACCUGGCUCUUUUAGAGUUGCAACUGUCAAACGCAACUUUAUUCUACUCAUACACAUAUGACUUAACCAAUUCUGCUCAACGCAACGAAACGUUGGGUGCUAACUCGUGGGAGAAGGCUGAUACACGUUUUUUCUGGAACCACUAUGCCACAGAACCUCUAAGGGCCCUUGCUGCCAAGGACUCUCGUGCUGGACGUUUCAUCCAACCCAUGAUUUUUGGUUAUGCUCACUUUAUUGAUUCGAUGAUGCAACAAACUCCCAUCACAAUUGGCCUCGUCACUAGAAGAAGUAUUUUUCGGGCCGGUACUAGAUAUUUCCGUCGUGGUAUUGACGCUGAUGGAAACGUUGCUAACUUCAAUGAAACCGAGCAAUUUCUUGUUGUUCAAGGAGGCGCUCACAGCGAGAACCUGGAACUCUUCUCCUUUUUACAGACCCGCGGUUCUGUCCCUGUAUAUUGGGGAGAGAUUAACAAUUUGAAAUACAAGCCGAACCUGGUAGUGGGAGAGAAUUCCUCAUUGGAUGCUACUGCUAAGCACUUUAACCAGCAAAAGGAUCUCUACGGUGACAACUACUUGGUAAACUUGGUGAAUCAAAAAGGUCACGAAUUACCAGUCAAAAACUCAUACGAGUCUUCUGUCAAUGCUCUGAAUGAUCCCAAAAUUCACUACGUUUAUUUCGACUUCCAUCACGAAUGUCGGAAUAUGAAGUGGCAUAGGGUCAAAUUACUGAUAGAUCAUUUGCAAAAAAUGGGGCUUGAUCCAAAGGAUGUUUUUCAUAAAAUUAUCGCACCAAAUGGAAAAACCAUCAAAAUCUUAAGCGAGCAGCACUCGGUAGUAAGGACAAAUUGUAUGGACUGUUUGGAUCGGACCAAUGUUGUUCAAUCUGUUUUAGCUCAUUGGGUCUUGCAGCAAGAAUUUGUGACCGCUAACGUUAUUCCUGAGGAUCAACUGUGGGAAAAGAAUCUAAAACUCUUGGUUCAAUUCCAAAGUUUCUGGGCGGAUAAUGCCGAUGCAGUCAGUUUUGCUUAUUCCGGAACAGGCGCUUUGAAAACGGACUUUACAAGAACAGGAAACCGUACUCGUGUUGGUGCAUUCAAUGAUUUCUUGAAUUCCGUGUCCCGCUAUUAUCAAAACAACCUAAGUGAUGGGCCACGUCAGGAUAGUUUUGAUUUAUUUUUGGGUACUUUUUCGCCAUCCAAUGUAGAAUAUCAGUCUCCAUUUGCUGACAGGAGACCUUUUGUGAUCCAAAUUAUGCCUACUAUUAUUUGCGCUGCCCUAACAGUCAUUGCUGCGACCAUUUUCUUCCCUAAGGGUCACUUCACGAGUAAGAAAAACUUGACCUUCUUAUUUUUAUCCAGCGCCGUCCUGAGUCUCUCUAUCCGGUUCAUUUAUAGAAACGGCGAGCAGUUCGUUAAUUGGCCCAAGUUCAACGAUCUAGGCUUUUUGGUGGCCGUACAGACCCACAACAAAGAACGCACUUUCAAGGGUAUCAAGUAUGUGCAGAGUCCAAAGUAUUCAAAACCUGAGGAUUCGAAAAAGGACUAA